AUCACGUCUCAAAGCUCUAAAACAUCAAACUUUUCUAUAGAACAUGAUGUUUGUGAAUGUGGUCGUUAUUGUAUGCUAAAAACAUCAAGGACCGAAGAUAAUUCGGGGCGUCGUUUUUGGCGUUGUAAAGUGCCCGAAGAUUUGGGCGGUUGCAAACAUUUUCGUUGGGAAGAUAGUAUUCGCUUGGAUAAAACGGUGGCGGCGAAGAUUAAAAAGCCUUCGAUUGAUAGAGACACCGCAACUUCACGUAUCUCAAGAGAUACAAUGAAGUUUGACUUGCAAUUUAAGCUUAUCGAUGCUAAAGAAAAGAUUGACCUUUUGGAGGUCUUGCUAAAAGAAUCCGAAGAAAAAAUAAAUUCAAGGCUAACCUUAGAGACACUCAACAAGAGAAAAAUGAUUAGAAAGAAAAACUGAAAUUUUGGAAGAUUAUUUGUGCUAUCUUGUUGAUGUUUAUUAUUUCUAUGUAUUUUAUUUAUUAAGUUUAAUAUCUCUAUGUAUUUUGUUUUUCUAUCUAUUUUCUAUUUAUUUUGUUAUUUUUAUGUACUUUGUUUCUACUAGUUGCACGUUUUCAUUUAUUAUGUAAUCCUCACCCUUUAUGUACUAUUUUUUUUUUGAAAUUGUGAAUUGUUGAA